GUAAGAGUAUCUCUUGUUCCGCUUAGAUCUAACAAAACUCUCUCUGUUCCAUUUCAGAUGCAUACAGUUAUGAAUGUGAUCUAAGGAAUCACAUUUUGAUAAGAAGUAAUGUCAAGGAGACAAGCAAGUUCCACAAGACGCAGUGGUGGAACCUUUCCCUUUUCAGGACUCUUGAAUUCCAAACCAAAUUCUUCUCCUGUAUUGUCCAUAGUGCUUGUGCUUUUGGGAGCUUUCUUUCUCAUCUUUUAUGCUUUUGGUAGAUCAGGAGGUUUAUUUGGAGGAAAGAAUGGUUUUGUUAGCAGACUUGAAGGUGGUGAUUUUUCGUGCACAUUUGAAGUUCAAAAUGCAAUUCCUAUUUUGAAGAAUGUAUAUGGCGACAACAUGCAAAAUGUCUUGCAUGUCGGCCCCGAGAGUUGUUCAGUAGUAUCCAAAUUUUUAAAAGAAGGAGAAGUUGAAGCAUGGGGUGUAGAGCCAUAUGACAUAGAAGAUGCUGAUAGGAAUUGCAAAGCUCUAGUGCGUAAAGGCAUCGUACGUGUUUCGGAUAUAAAAUUUCCUCUACCAUACAGGCCAAAGUCUUUUUCACAUGUUAUAGUAUCUGAUGCUUUGGAUUACAUGUCUCCAAAAUAUUUAAACAAAACUCUUCCUGAGCUAAUAAGGGUAUCGGCUGAUGGUGUUAUUAUUUUAACAGGUUACCCUGGACAACAGAGAGCUAAAGUAGCACAAUUAUCCAAGUUUGGACGCCCGGCGAAAAUGCGGAGUUCAUCAUGGUGGAAAGAAUUUUUUAGUGAAACAGCCUUAGAAGAAAAUGAAGCUGCUGUCAAGAAGUUUGAACAAGCUGCAUCUAAGAUGUCUUACAAUCCAACCUGUCAAAUUUUCCACAUCAAAUCAUACAACUGAUAUAUAUAUAUUGAAAUUUGAGUAAUUGAUUAUUCACCAUUUGGUAACUUUUGUAUUCCUAUAAACAUGUUAGUAUAAUGUCAUCAAUCACAAGUAA